AUGAUAUCAAUUAUGCUGUCGAGUCAAACAUUCAAUCAAAUCUCACCAUUUUAUGUCGAAGAGAACACUGCUUCCAAAUGGGGAAGGUUUGACGUCGCUAAUUAUGAUUGCAACGAAUUGGAAAACCUCUUGUUUAACAAUAUACAUUUUGAUUAUGGUUAUAAUGCUAUUUUAGUGGAUAAGAGGCUCAAGAUCAUUUCUACUGAUUUACUUCAAUUCAACAUCGAUGACAUCAAUAAGAUGCAACAGUCACAUUCUACACCAACAAAUAUAUUAAGCUUUGAUAACGGUAGCGCCAUUUUUUUCGAGAACGCCAAAAGUUGGUUUAGCCACGUCUUGGACCAAUCAAGCUCACAUGAAGAAUCAGAAGAAACUCCAAUUGAUAAAGAAUAUCAUACAACUUUAAGCUUUUAA